AUGUCGGCAACACCGAUAAACAAGAGUGGAACGCGAGCGCGAACGUCGAAAGUUUGGCGCGCGCGACGUGCGCCGAGAUUCAAGACAAAAGUCACAAGGGCGGAAGGGACGGACCCCCCGUACGUGUGGAGAGUCGACAACUCGCAAUAUGCAGGAGUGUGGGCUUUACAGGUGGUUUUAAUAACGGCAGCCUCUAAUGUCGCGAGA